AUGACUUCAUCACCCUGCACGCUCGCGACGUGCGACGUCUCCGACAGCCCGUACGGCUACCGCCCGGCACUAACAGGCAGCGCCGUCUUCGCCACCGUCUCGGCCCUCUGCCUCGUCGUCAACGGCGCCGUCGCCGCCCGCUCAACACAACGACACGCAACAACACCAUUCUCCGUCAUCGUGACCCUCGCCUGCGUGCUCGAGUUGCUCGGCUGGGUGGACCGCAUGGCCGGCUGGAGCGAUCCGUGGGCUGUGUACCCUCUCCUGCAGAGCAAGGCUCUGCUCACCAUUGCCCCCAUCUUUGUAACUUCAAGUAUCUACGUCUGCCUCGCACCAAUGGUCCGGAUACUAGGCACAGAACACUCCUUCAUCAAGCCAGAGCUCUACACUACCAUUCUCCUCCCGCUAGACGGCCUUGCCCUCCUCCUACAAAUCGUAGGCCUCGGCAUCGGCUUCCAAAACGUGCCGUACACCCUCUCACCCCAGGACUCGUACGCACCCAACGACGUGGGCGCGAAAAUCGUCUUGGCUGGGCUGGCCGUCCAGUUCGCGACCCUAGUCGCCGCGGGCUUGUCCCUCGCCUUCAUCCUCCUCCGCGCAGCCCGGUCCUACCACCAAUACGGCUACACCACCUUCCACCGAGACGUGGGCUACGUACCUCUGACGGGCCGCUUUCGCAUCUUCGCCGGCGCGGUGCCGUCCGCCAUGGUCGUCUUGUUCGGCAGGAUGUGUUUCAGGGUCGCCGAGUACGCAGAGGGCUUUCGGGGCCCGCUGGCGAGGGGAGGCGGAGAGGGACUGUUUCUCGGUCUCGAGGGGUUUCUUAUCGGGUACGCGCUCUUGGCGAUCGUGGGGUGCCACCCAGCGUUGUUUCUAAAGGAUGGGAAGAUGGUUUCGAGGAUCGAGUCUGAGCCGUUUGUCGGUAUUGAUGGUGUUGGGAGUACUGGUGGGAACGGCGAUCACGAGAGGGAUUUGGAGGAGCUCAGCAAGGUGUACCAGAGGCAUCACGAGGAGGAGCAGAGGUUGUCGAGGUUUGAGCGUGUUUGA